CUUACAAUCCUGCCUCAGCCCCUCAUGUUGCUGGGAUUACAGACAUGCACCACUGUGCCUAGCUAGGUGUAGAUUAUUAAAGUCCCUGAUACAUCUCUUCCUUUAAUCUACUUUCUGAUCUUUCUUUUCCACAUUUAUUUUUCUGCAUCUGCAUUGUCCAGUAUAGCCAUUAGUCACAAGUAGCUAAUUCAAAUUGGGAUGGGGGGGCAUAAUGUAAAAUAUCUUAGUAAUUUCUAAUAUUGAUUACAUGCUGAAUAUUUUGGAUAUAUUGGAUUAAAUAAAAUUUUGAGAUGAAAUUAGUUUUACUUUAUUAUUGCUCCUAGAAAAAAUUUAAUUACAUGUUAAAAAUUACAUACGAAGUUUGCAAUUGUGAUUUUUAUUAUAUCUCUAUUGGACAGCACCGUUCUACAGAUCAUCCUGCUUUAACAGUGUGUUAUUGAAAACCUCAUCCUUUUGGAAAGGAGGGAAAGUAUUAAUGCAGAGGAGGUGACAGCAGUAAAUGAUGUGCAAAAGGGGGAGGUUAACUAGGACAUGCACUUGUCCAUCUAUUUGUCUUUUGUUUGUAUGAUUCACAAAAAAAGAAAAAGAAAAAAAAAAAACCUCCUUGGCAAAAUGAGUUUUUUCAGCUCUCUUCAUCCCAGGUAAGUAGUAUUCUGUAGUUUGCCCAUCUCCAGGAAAAACCUGUUCUCAGAUUUACUUUAGCUAAUAUACUGGAAAGGAUCUGAUAAGACAAUUCACACCACAUUGCAAAUAAUUGGUAACUUUAUGUUUACCCCUCUCAUAGGGAAUUUCCAUUUUAACAGGGAACAAUCCCUGAACCCAAAGGAACGAAUCCCUAAUGGUGGAGUUUCAGUCAUCAGUGACAGGAACCCGGACUACCAAGGCCCAUGCUUGCACCUGAUGAAUGAUGGCCUGAACUAUGAGCAAACGGGACUAUAAGAACACUUCCGUGCAGGAGCCCCCUCUCGACUAUUCCUUCAGAAGCAUCCACGUCAUCCAAGAUCUGAUAAGCGAGGAGCCAAGGGUAGGGCUCCGACCACUGAAGCAUUCAAAGUCAGGAAAGCCAUUGACCCAGUCCCUGUGGCUGAACAACAAUGUCCUCAAUGACCUGAAAGACUUCACCCAGGUGGCUUCACAGAUCCUGGAGCACCCAGAGAACCUGGCCUGGAUCGACUUGUCUUUCAAUGACCUGACUUCCAUUGACCCUAUCCUAACAACAUUCUUCAAUCUGAGUGUUCUCUAUCUUCAUGGAAACAGUAUCCAGAGCCUGGGAGAAGUGAAUAAGUUAGCUGUCCUUCCUCGGCUUCGAAGCUUGACACUCCAUGGUAACCCCAUAGAGGAAGAGAAGGGGUACAGGCAAUAUGUGCUGUGCACCCUGCCCCGUAUCACCACGUUCGACUUCAGUGGRGUCACCAAAGCAGACCGUACCACAGCUGAAGUCUGGAAACGCAUGAACAUCAAGCCCAAGAAGGCCCGGAUCAAGUAGGAUGCACUCUGAGGUUCCCAGGACCCCAGCAGUCCUGAAGCUAGUCAGCUUAGUUUGAGAAUAAAUGAUUUGAGCUGUUGUUCAGAGUAGAAGUCACUUGUACCUUGCAAAGAUGCCCUCCAACUCCAGCAACUGCCAGUAGCUCUAAUAUUACUUCAUUGAGGCASGCAAUGAUGGGAAAGGCCUGCUGGCCAGAGACACAGGGGACCUGGGUUUGCAUGUGUCCUUGGAAAACUUAUCUAGCCUCUCUGGGCCCCUCUGUUCUCUUCAACUUAGAUAUCAUGGGAUUAGAGAUCAGCAUUUCCCAAAUUCUUCACAGAAUGCCAGGUUCUUGGAGCUGCGACAGAGGCCUCAAAGACAGGCCCAGAAGAUGGGCUAUGUUCUACUUCAAUCAGAUCACAGUAGUCCUACUCUUAAUAUUUAUAUGUUGGUAUUCUGCUUAAGAUUCCAUUUCAUAGCCAGGCAUGCCUAUUAAUCCCAGCAGUUUGGGAAGCUGAGGCAGGAGGAUCACAGGUUCAAAGCCAGCCUCAACAACUUUUUAAGGCUUCAGGAACUUAGCGAGAUCCUACCUCAAAAAAUAAAAAGGGCUGGGGAUAUGGCUCAGUGGUUAAAUGUCCCUGGGUUCAAUUCCCAGUACAAAAAAAAAAAAAAAAAAGAUUUCAUUUGAUAAAAAGAUCUUCUUGCUUUUGAAAACAUUUGUUUGCUGGGUCCUUAUUAAGCAUCCCUAGCAGAAUCUGGUCUCCUCCACCCCUAGCGCUACUGUAAUUCCACUGAGCCUGAGGCAGGGUCUCCAGCAUUCAUAACUGCCUCAGAUUUAGUUCUGUCCAGCUGUGACAGUGUUUGAUAGGGAUAAGAGCAGUCUUAUCCAACCUGAGGUUAGCCUAGGUUGAGUCUAAGCUAAGCCUGGGAACUCUGAACGCUUAUCUCCUAGAUUCCUUUUUUUUUU